UGUUUCUCUUUCUAUUCUAUUUGAAGGCCUAACCGGCAACAGAAUUUAAACAUCGACCAUUUUUCUCAUCAAUCUUUCGAUGUUUAAUUGACUUAAUUGUUUUAAUUUUCACUUUCUCUUUGUUAGCUGAUCACUUAAUUAAUGGAAUGGAAACAAAAUCAAUGGUUAAUCUUAAUUGGAAACAAUUUAAAUUCUAAAUAUAUUGUCUGGUGUAUAUUCACAAUUUAACCUCAAAAAGUGAACCAUUUCCAACCUGUAGAAGAGAAUCAUCGAUAAUUAUUAUUGGAACGAAAAGGCUAAUUACCAUUACCCCAGAAUCAUAUUCAUCAUCAUCAUCAUCAUCAUCAUUGCUUUUUGUCAGCAUCAACCAUCUUAUUGAAGAGUUUAUCAAACAUGGAAGAGGAAAGUGUUUCACUUGACACUAGCUUCUCUUUAAGUCGACCUGAUGGUGAUCCCGUUGCCGAAGAUGCUUAUUCAUCAACAUCAUCUCCAUCUGGCCUUAAAUUACGUCUAAUUAAAAGAAAUUCAUCAUUACGUUCUGCCUCUUCUAAUGGUAACAAUAAUGAUCCUAAAUCAGGGCCUACUACUCCUUUAUCAGCAGUCAAAAACCGUCCAAGACAAGGUACAAAAAAUCGUUCAUCAACUGGAUCAUCAUCUUCUUCACCAACUUCAAACAGUGUAAAUUCAUCCUCAUCCAAAAAAUUACUAAACAAUCAACCCACCACAUCGGAUGGUAAAAAGAUAGUCUAUCUACCCCCAUGUGAUGACGAUGUUACUACCAAUCGGGAUAUUUUAACCAGAUUACCCGAGAAUGAAGGUUCCGAUCUUUAUGUUGGCGAUAUUAUCUGGUCUAAAGUUUCAGGUUACCCGUGGUGGCCUUGCAUGAUUACAAUAGAUCCUUACACUGGCAAAUAUUCAAAACUCGGUGCAAGCACUGACAAACCUUUAUACCACGUUCAAUAUUUUGGAUCUAAAGCUCUCAGAAGUUAUACCUCACCAGGAUCGACGAUGCCUUUUGAGGGACGUGAAAAGUACGACCUUGAAAUAGACAGAAUUAAGAACACCCCUGGUACACAAAAAGCUCUUAGAAAACAAGCCUUAAACAGACUUGUUAUCAAACCAAGUUUCAAGAAAGAAUGGAAAUUUGCAUGUGAUGAAGCAGAAGAAGCGCUUAAAUUAGACCGGGAGAAACGUAUCAAAGAGCUAACCUUUGUUUAUAUUAGGGUUAAAGAUGAAAAAUCCCCAACAAGUAAAGAUGAUGUUAAAACACCAAAAUCAGCGAAGAAAAAUAAGAAACCUGAAAAUCCAUUGAACGUUUACGAUUUUAGUGAUGGAGAUGAAGAUUUUGACGAUGAAGGAACAUCACCCACAUUAUGCUUAUGGAGUGCAAAGCGAGCUAACAGAAAAGGAGACUAUGAUAUCUAUGUUACACAAACACGAUCUAAAGUUAUGGAAGAAAAUCCCGAUUCAAGUGAAAGUGAAAUUGAACAUAUGUUGAAAACUCGCUGGAAUAAUAUGUCAGAUGAUUUGAAGGCUAAAUACUGUAUUCGUGAAGUAAAUGGUGAAGAAGAUAAAACUCCGAUUAGCAAGAAGAAAACCUCCAAUGGUAAAAAGCCAGAGAAUGAAAAAUCGCCAAGAGGAAGGAAACGGAAAAAUGAUGUUACAGUGAAACCAGCGAAUCAAAGUAAUGGUGAUGUUUCAAUGGUCGAAGGUAAUGGAAAUGUCAGUGAAAAUGAAAGUGCACUUGUUAUCGCUGAUAUGACAACUCCAAAGAAAAGCCGCAGAUCAAAAGGUGAAACCGAUGGAUCUGUUAAACGUUCAGCCAAGUCAACGGAAAUAAUUAAAAGUCCUAAAGAGGUUAAACCACCGAAAACAACACCUAAAUCAAGUAGAUCAAAUCGUACACCCAAGGAAGAAAAGGAUUCUUCAAUUAAGUCAGAAGGUACUCUAAUUAAGUCAACACCAAGUAAAAGUAAAGUUAAAGAUGAAGUGAAAGAAUCAUCUUCACCCAGGAAACGACCUUCAUCAACUCCAGUCGAUAAAUCAGCAGCUACUUCUGAGAAACCCAAACGACCCAGAAAAUCAACAAUCAAAGAAAAUGGUCAAUCAACGGAAAAAGAAAAGACUCCCAAAUCUCAAGAAAAAACUAAAGGAAAGGGAAAACAAAAGGAAACAAAAGAUGUCGAUAUGAUGGAAAAACAAACAGAUCAGUACAAAAAUAAUAAAGAGAAUGAUAAAGAGAAAGAGAAAAAUAAUUCAACUACUUCUAGUAAACGUAAAUCUGUUGUUCAUCAAAUUGAUUCAGUUGAAUCAGAGGAGACACGAACAAGUGAAGAUGCUUCUUCUCUCAGUGAAAUUGAGGCCAAUGAAAAUCGUGAGCUUAAUGAUCGUGUCUGUGAAAAGUGUAAUGAGGAAGCUCUUGAAAAUUACAUCCAAUGCUCUGGACUUUGUCUCAAAUAUUAUCACAACAAUUGUUUACCGAAAACCUUUAAUAGUGAAACAUUACAAUGUCAAGAGUGUUCAUCAGAUUCUCAUUCUUGUUUCAUUUGUGAUUCUCAUUCUUCUGAUGUUAAAAAAUGUUCUGAUUCUAAGUGUGGUAAAUUUUAUCACCUUAAAUGUUUACAAAAUGGUUAUCCCCAUAAGAUGAUAAAAGAUGAAAAUAAUGAAGGAUUUAUUUGUCCAUUACAUUCUUGUCUUACCUGUUAUGUUGAACACCAAGAUGACCAAAUUCAUAGUUAUAUGAAAAAGCGUCUCCUUAAAUGCCUUAAAUGUCCUACUGCCUAUCAUUUAACUGAUGAUUGUUUAUCCGCUGGAAGUAUAACUAUUUCAUUUUCAUAUAUUAUCUGUCCUGAGCAUAUUCCAGCCCAUAAACAUAUAAAUGUUAACUGGUGUUUCUCUUGUAAUUCAGGAGGUAGUUUAAUCUGCUGUGAACGAUGUCCAUCAGCUUUUCAUCAAGCUUGUUUGGAAACGCCUUUACCUGAGGGUAACUUUUUCUGUGGUGAUUGUGUGGUUCGUAAACAAUUACAUUAUAACGAUAUUGUUUGGGUUAAAUUGGGUCCUCACCGUUGGUGGCCUAGUAAAGUUUGUCAUCCUAAAAAUUGUCCUGACAAUGUUAUGGCUUUAUCUCAUUCUGUGGGUGAAUUUCCUGUUUACUUUUUUGGAAGUCAUGAUUACUAUUGGAUCCAUCGAGGCAAAGCUUUCCCUUUCGUUGAAGGAGACCUAACCAAAGCUCCAGCUCUUGGUAAAAAUGCCAAGAAAGACUUUAGAAAGGCUAUUUCUGAGGCUAUCGAAGCUUUCACAUCAUGGCAAGAGGCCAGAAAAAAUGCUUUAAAUCGUAAAAUCAAACCACCUUCAUAUGUAUACUUGAGGGUAAACAAAAGAGUUGGUAAAGCUCCUAAAGUAUCUCCCAGUGAAGACCAUGACACUGAACCUAUUGUUUGUCAAUGUAAAUCUGAUGCUGAACAUCCUUGUGGUGUAGAUGAAGAUUGUUUCAAUAGAUUAACAUUAAUUGAAUGUGAUCCUGUUCGGUGUAAUGCUGGAGAUAAAUGUCAAAAUCGUCGAUUCCGUAAACGAGAAUAUGCUAAAGUGCAACCUUUUAAGACGGAAAGUCGUGGCUGGGGCCUUAAAGCUCUUCAAGAUAUAAAGAAGGGAACCUUUGUUAUUGAAUAUGUUGGCGAGCUUAUCGAUGAGGCUGAAUGUGAAAACAGAAUUAAGAAUAUGAUUGAAAAGCAUGAACCCAAUUUUUAUUUCCUUACAAUUGACCGAGAUACAAUUAUUGACGCUGGACCUAAAGGUAAUCUUGCUCGUUUCAUGAAUCAUUCUUGUUCACCAAACUGUGAGACACAAAAAUGGGUCGUUGGUGGUAUUACCCGAGUUGGUUUAUUUGCCAUUCAAGAUAUACCUCAAGGUGCUGAGCUAACUUUCAAUUAUAAUCUUCACUGUCGAGGUAAUGAGAAAACAGCCUGUAAUUGUGGUGCUAAAAACUGCAGUGGUUUUCUCGGGGUUCGACCAAAUAAAAUACCGGAUGAAGAAUCUAGUAAGAAGCAAACUAAAAACGAUAAAAUAAAACCCAAACCAAAGCCUAAAAAUCUUCAUAAAAAAGAGUUUGAAAGCUUCCAUGAGGAUGAAUGUUUUAAAUGUAGAGAAGGAGGUGAACUGGUUAUGUGUGAUAAACGUAAAUGUCCUAAAUCAUAUCAUUUACCUUGCCUAAAAUUAACAAAAUUACCUCGUGGUGUGUGGUUCUGCCCUUGGCAUCACUGUGAUAUGGAGACAUGUGGUAAAGCCUCAACAAAAUUCUGUGACAUGUGUCCAACCUCCUUCUGUAAUGAUCAUGGUGACGAUCUACUCAACCAAAAUGAUAAAGGUCUUCAAGUCUGUUAUGAACAUUUAUCUUCCGAUGAAAUUUCCUCAUCAAAUGAAUUGGCAAAAACAUCCGAAUCUACAAAAGAAAUCAAAGAAAAUGGCGAUACAAAUCAUCAAGAUGAUAUCGAUUCAUCAUCAGUCAUUGAAACUAAGCAUGAAAAAGUGAUUGAAUCAGACAAAAUUGAUGAUGUAGAGGAAAAUAAUAAAGAUCAAUCACCAGUCAAAGAUGAAAUCGAAAAUAUGGAAAUUGAUUCUACAGAGGACCAAAUAACUGAGGAGAAGGAUAAAGAAGUCAUGGCAGAAAAUGCUAUUCAAGAUGAGCCUGUAAAGGUAACUGAAGAAUCAGAACCAGAACCAGUGGUAAAACCAGAACCAGAACUACAACCAGAACUACAACCAGAACCAGAAUCAGAGGGGGAAGUAAAACAAGAACUAGAGAAAGAAACAGAAGUCACCCAGACAGAAGUAAGAGAUAUUGAUAACGAGGUGAAAGAAUCAAUUGAAGAGGAAGAAAAUGUCACAGAAAACCAAGAAGUUCAUCUUAUAAAGGAUCAAGAACCUCAAAUGGAAAAGACUGUCGAAACUGGCGAAGAAAAUCAAAUAAUUGUCACAGAAGAAGCAGAGAAAAUGAAAGAUGAACCCAUUCAAGAUCAAGAAAUCGCCGAUUCAAUUCAAAAAGAAGAUGAGACUAAAGAAGUCGGCGAAAAAAGUGAGAUGGCUACAGAGGAAUUGAAAGAAAAGGUAGAAGAAAAGAAUGAUGAAAUCGUACAAAAUUCUUCAGAAGAAUUAAAAUCAACAAAAGAAGAAGAUGAAGAAGUUAAAUCAAAAGAAGAGACAACAACGACGGAAGCAACUGAGAACGAAAAAGCUGACGAACCAGUAAAUCAACUACAACCAGAGGCCCAUCAAGAACCACAACCUGCAACAGGAUAGACUCUCAUUAAUAGAAAUAUAAGAAGCAUGUUGAAUGUUAAUUUGCCAACUAUUUAAUUUUUUACCUAAUUAUGAAAACUUUUUUUUUUCCAACAAUUAUGCUCAGAAGAUGUUAAAACAAAAACGAAUCAAACAAAACACCAACAUCCACAAAAAUCCAUCAAAACAUAUUCAUACAAUUCCCUGAGUCUGCUCAGAACUUAAUGUUUAUUUCAUCCUAGAAAUCAUUUUCUUCUUGACUUCAAUCAGCUGAUUCUCAAGUAAAUCCUCUCCUCUCUCUCUCUCUUUCUGUAUCUUUUCCUCCUCUCCUCCUCCUUCACCUCAACACAUACACAAACACACACAUACAUUUGAAUUGUAAGCUUAUACAAAAAUGUUACCUAUUCCUCUUCAUUCCCUUCACCUUUACAAAACCAAUUUCAACAUCAACCCAAUCAAUCAAGUCUUUAAUUAGACACAAAAAUUAAAACAAAAUCAAUAAAACAAAACAAAAAAAAA